AUGGCUCACGGGGUACCGGCGGCGAACACGACGGAGCGCAUCUCUGGGGUGGAAGAGGAGGUAGAGGCGAUCAGAGAGAACGUAUGGUUGAUGGGAGCAAUGGUGGAUCACGUACCUCAGCUUCAGGAGGACGUGGUGGCUUUGGGAAUCCAGAUCGGCGGCGUACAGGGUUCCCUUCUCCGACUAGAGGCUAUGAUGGGCCGCCAUCUCGAGGCUCAACCGCCGAAUCCUCAGCGGCGGGAACCAGUACGGGACCGAGACCGACGGUUGCAGAACGAGUCGCCGGAACGGGUUCGCGGCCGAAAUGAUCACCGGGGACGACGACUAGAGUUGCCGAUAUUCCAGGGGGACGACCCAUACGGGUGGAUGUUCCGCGCAGAACGCUACUUCGCCAUUAACGGAGUAGAGGAAGGAGAGAAAGUAAUGGCAGCCUCGGAACCGUUCGCCGGUUGUCGCGACUUGAAAACCACUAUCCUCCACCGCUUCAGCCGUACCAAGGACGGCGACCCGACGGAGAGGCUGAUGGCGCUGCGGCAGGACAGUACGGUGGCUGACUACCGCGAUCGCUUUGAGCCGUUGGCCGCAUCAAUGAGAGGUAUGCCUGAACCUAUUUUCCGUGGAGCCUUUCUUAAUGGGUUACGGGAGGAUGUGAGGGCUGAAGUGAAAUUGCAUCGGCCCAUUAACCUCCAAGAGGUAAUGGACCUGGCCCAACAGAUUGAGGAUAGGAAUGAGGCUGUAGAGAAACUUAGGAGAGGGAAGUUGGGCCGGGGAUGGAAGUAUGACGAUUCGGGUAAGGGAUCGGGCUUGAGUGAGAAGCCCAAUCCUGCUACGGGAUUCUCAGGGAACUCCCUUCAGUACAACUUAGGAAAAGAGUCGGUGCCCUUCCACCGACCUCGGACGUGGCCGCCACAACAGACUAGUACAGGAGAAGGGGGUGGGGCUAGCUUUAGGAGGCUCACCGAUGACGAGAUCCAGCGACGAAGAGCCAAGGGGUUGUGCUAUAGGUGCGAUGAGAAAUAUGGACCGGGACACCGCUGCAAGAAUCAGCAGUUGCAGGUGCUCCUGGUGUCGGAAGAGGAAGAGGAGAAGGUUGAAGAUUCCGUAGAGGCAGGGGAGCCACCCAUAGAAGAGGCUGAAGGGAUGGCGGGCAUCUCACUUAAUUCUCUAAUGGGAGUCUCGUCGGCCAACACCCUGAAGCUGAGGGGAACCAUCGGCAGCCGGGAGGUGAUGGUCUUGGUAGACAGUGGGGCUUCCCACAAUUUCCUGUCGCUUCGGGUUGUGAGGGAACUACAAAUUCCCCUCGCAACUACAGGCACCUAUAGAAUUCAGGUUGGUAAUGGUGCCUGUUUUAAACGGCAAGGAGUGUGUAAGGGGGUAGAACUCAAAAUUCAGGGGUACUCGAUUUUGGGGGAAUUCGUUCCGUUUGAACUGGGCUGUGCAAAGGUGGUUUUGGGGGUGGCGUGGUUACAAACUCUGGGGGAGGUCAGGGCCGAUUGGCAAAAGUUCACCCUGAAAUUCAAGUCCGAGGCAGGUUGGGUCUGUUUAGCUGGAGACCCAACACUGAAGCUGGAACCGGUGAGUUUGAAGACUUUAACCCGGACAUGCCACGGGGAUAUGGCAGGGGCGCUAUUAGAAAUACAUGCUAUCGAGGGGGCAGAUGUUCAAGGGUCCCGAGCCAAGGAACCGGAGGCAUUACAGGGGGUCUUAGCGAAGUUCUCUACUGUGUUUGAGACACCGUGUGGUCUACCACCAAACCGAGCACGGGAUCACCAGAUUGUUCUCAAACUAGGGGCGGAACCGCCUAACAUUCGGCCGUACCGGUACCCCCAAGUACAGAAGAAUGAGAUAGAGAAGCUCGUGGCUGAAAUGUUGGCGUCCGGGCUCACCGUUCCAGACAAAUUUCCAAUUCCCGUCAUUGAUGAGCUGUUGGACGAAUUACAUGGGGCGACAGUGUUUUCAAAAUUAGACUUGAGGGCGGGAUAUCAUCAAAUUCGAGUCAGGGAAUUUGAUGUGGAAAAGACUGCAUUCCGGACACACGAGGGGCACUAUGAAUUCUUGGUCAUGCCGUUCGGCUUGACAAACGCGCCGGCCACAUUUCAGCCGCUUAUGAAUAAGGGUGAGCAGUUGUUCGCGAACCGAAAAAAAUGCGCAUUCGGCCAGCACCGGUUAGAGUACUUGGGACAUGUGAUAUCGGCAGCCGGUGUGGCGGCUGAUCCGGCCAAAAUAGAAGCCGUGGUGGCUUGGCCCACACCCAAGAACGUCCGAGGAGUUAGGGGUUUUUUGGGGCUAGCUGGCUAUUACCGGCAAUUCGUUCGCAACUUCGGACAGCUGGCGAGGCCGAUGACCGAGCUCCUCAAACGAGGAGAGUACAAAUGGACCCCGGAGGCAGGGGCUGCGUUUAACGCCCUCAAGCAGGCCAUGACCACCCUGCCGGUCCUAGCAAUGCCGGAGUUCUCCAAGCUCUUCAUAGUGGAAACUGACGCCUCCGGAUCAGGUUUGGGGGCUGUGUUAAUGCAAGAGGGGAAGGCCCAUAGCCUUCUUCAGCAAAGAGUUAUCGGAAACAUCACGAUUCAGUACAAGCCGGGCGCUUCAAACAGGGUAGCGGAUGCACUGUCUAGGCGUGGUGAGGAUGAGACGGUGGGGCUCACAGCUCUGUCCAUACCGCAGCGGGUGAACUGGACGGAGAUUAGGCGGGAGCAGCGGCAAGAUGAGGAGUAG